CAGUGAGACAAAAAUACCCAUUUCUGGAUCUCUCUCAAUUCACCUUUCCUUAUUCCCCAUUCAAUCCUUCUCCUCAACAGUUUCAUCUCUUCUUACCGCAAUCACAAACAAGCGAAAUCAAAUCCCACACCAUAAUCUUCCCGAUGGGCGAGAUUAAGAUGGAAGACAUGCCGCUACCGGCGCUGUUCGAACAAGCAAGGAAGAUCCACGCAACCGCCACAGAGUUUGGUGCUGACCAGGAGCUUGUGAAAAAAGGAUGCGAGGCUUUGAAUAAAUGCGAGGACAUGAUUAACAAGCUUGGUUUGUUUUCUGCUAACGAAACCAAAGAGGAUAUCAGCACCACUGAUCUCAAGUAUAUUCUGGUACCAUAUUAUCUUGCUGAGUUGACCGAAAAAAUAGCACAAGAUGACAGGAUACAGAUUCUAAAGGCUUCCCAAGCAAAACUAAAGGAAUUUAUCUCAUUUUGUGAGGCAAUGGAGCUUGUCCCAAAAGAGGAGUUAGAAUCUUAUAUGCAAGGGGUACCAAAAUCUGUUGCUGAUCAGAGGGCCAGAAAGAUAGCUAGAUUUAAACGACUAAAAGCUGCAGAAUCAAAGUUGUUGGAAAUAAAAGAGCGGAAGGAAAGGCGUGGGCGUUCUACUAAAGCAGCUGCCUUGUCCGCCCCUGUUGAGGCAGGUGAGGAAGAACUAUUGGAUGAUGACGGGGAAGAAGAAAGAGAGGCUUGGAAUACUAGCAUAUCUUUGGCGAUCUGUAAGGCAUUUGAUCUUCUAGAAAUGAUAAAGAAAGAGGAAGAGAUGCUCUCUGCUGUAAAAGAUAGACAAUCCAAGGAUGGAGACCAGCAGUUUUCUAAGGAUGUUCUUGAUGAACGUGCAAAGAAAGCAGAAGCAUGGCAUCGCAAUGCUGCAGUUCGCGCACAGUAUACUAAGCCCUCUCCACCAAUCACAUGUGCUACUUUUGCCCAAGAUGUUCUGGAAGGAAGAGCACAAGCAUCACAAGCACAUGAUCACAAACACCAACCACUGAUAUUUGGACCACAAAGCCUUGUGAAUGGAAGUUUUACGAAUGAGAGAGAAAGAUUGGCAGCCCAGGUCUUCCAACCCAGUCAUAGGAUGCCAACUAUGAGCAUUGAGGAAGCAGGACUUAAAGAAAUGGAAAUAAUGAAUAAAUGGCAAGAGACCAAUAUCAGACUCAUGGAAGAAGCCACUUCCUCUUGGCACAAUGAUAGGAAGUUUAAGCCAGGUGGUGAACAAGAGGAGGAGGAUGAAGAUGAUGAUGAUGCACAGGAUAGAGCCAGAGCUUUGGAUGAUUGGAAGGAUGAUAAUCCACGGGGUGCAGGAAAUUCAAAACUUACCCCUUGUGGCUAACUGAAUCUAUUCUUCUCAGGUUGAUGAAUAAUGAGCUAGAGAUGAAUCCAUGAUUGUCGCGUAAUCUCAUUAUUUAUAGUUUUGAUCCUACUGUGUUAGUAAAGAUUAUGUAUACCUGGAUAUUUAUCUGACUACAUGUGUAUAUUUUGAGUGCAGCAUAGGGUCUUUCUUCA